GGGAGGCUCACAAGGAUCGGAAGCAGGCUUGAAAUGGCAGAACACUUGUGCAUGGGAAUCUCAACAUGUCAGUUUUGUCUCUCUGACCGAAUAUAUAAGGAGUGACCAGAUAUUUUCUUUGCAAGACCAACACAUCUGUUGUCGAUCCUUGGAGAUGAAGAAGUAUCUGGUGAUGUAUUCUGUCUCUGAAAUGAAGUUUUCUGUUGUAACUCAGUGAAAUCCACUGGAACCGGGAGCUGAGAACACACCAGUAUUUGUUCACUGGAGAUUGGUUCUUCAACUACAUUGAUUGUACAAGAGAUUGAAACGUCUGACUUUCUGAAUUGCCAGAGAAUUGUUUGCAGUGAGAUAUCAUUCUCCUUCUCUCAGUGUGGGAAGGGAUUCUCUCAAAUCAUACCUGCAGACACGCCAGUCAGUUCACAGUGGGGAGAGGCCAUUCACCCGCUCUGUGUGAGGGAGGGGAACUACUCAGUCAUCCAGCCUGAAGAUCCAUCAGCAAGUUCACACCAUUGUGAGAUGCUCUACCUGUUCUGACUGUGGGAAGCAAUUCAUUCUGUCGUCGAUGCUAAAGAUAUAUCCGAAUAUUCACCAGUGAGAGGACGGUAACCUGUUUAGACUGUGGGAAGGCAUUCACACACUCAACCAUACCACAGUGACACCCAGCGAGUUCACACUGGGGAGAAGCCAUUCACCUGCUCUGUGUGGGAAAGCUUUCACUCAGUCAUCUCAGCUGAAUGAGCACCAGCGAGUUCACACUGAAAAGAUGCCGUUCACCUGCUCAGACUGUGGGAAGCGAUUCACUCGCUCAUCCACACUACAGAAACACCAGCUAGUCCACACCGGCGAGAAGCCGUUCACCUGCUCUGAAUGUGGGAAGAGAUUCGCUGAUUCAUACUCCCUUGUGAACCACUACCGAAUUCACACUGGGGAGAAGCCAUUCACAUGCUCUGAAUGUGGGAAAAGAUUCACUUGGUCAUACCAACUGAAGGAGCAUCAGCGAGUUCACACUGGGGAGAAACCGUUCAGUUGCUUUCAAUGUGGGAAGGGAUUCACUAAGUCAUCUCAACUGAAGGUACAUCAGCGAGUUCACACUGGGGAGAGGCCGUUCACCUGCUCAGUCUGUGGGAAGGGAUUCACUCAGUCAUCUCAACUGAAGGUACAUCAGCGAGUUCACACCGGGGAGAGGCCGUUCACCUGCUCUGAAUGUGGGAAGGGGUUCACUGGCUCAUACCACCUUGUGAAGCACUGCCGAAUUCACACUGGGGAGAGGCCAUUUACAUGCUCUAAAUGUGGGAAGGGAUUCACUGACUCAUCCAACCUUGUGAGGCACUACCGAAUUCACACUGGGGAGAGGCCAUUCAGUUGCUCUAAAUGUGGGAAGGAAUUUGCUCGGUCAUCUGAACUGAUUGAACAUCAGCGAGUUCACACUGGGGAGAAACCGUUCAACUGCUUUGAAUGUGGGAAGGGAUUCACUCAGUCAUCUCAUCUGAAGGUACAUCUGCGAAUUCACACUGGGGAGAAACCGUUCAGCUGCUCUGAAUGUGGGAAGCAAUUCGCUGAUUCAUACUCCCUGGUGAAGCACUGUCGAAUUCACACUGGGGUGAAGCCAUUCACCUGCUGUGAAUGUGGGAAGCAAUUCACUCAGUCAUCCAGCCUUGCGAGGCACUGCCGAAUUCACACCGGGGAGAAACCGUUCACCUGCUCCGACUGUGGAAAGGGGUUCACUCGGUCUUAUCAACUGAAGUUGCAUCAGCGCCGGAUUUCGGAGCGAAUGCUCCCGAGUUCGAAUCCAGCCGGCUCCCAGGUUGAGCGUCGAGCUAGCAACUCGACCUCGUAAAAAUAAGAAAGCCUGCUAAAAAAAAAUGCCAUCAUGACAGCGUCCUGAUGACUCCACUCUGGGUUAAGGGUUUCUUCUUCUUCUUUCUGGCAUCAGCAAGUUCACAAUGGGGAGAGGCCAUUCACAUGCUCUGAAUGUGGGAAGGGAUUCACUGAGUCAUACUCCCUUGUGAGGCACUGCCAAAUUGACACUGGGGAGAAGCCAUUCACGUGCUUUGAAUAUAGGAAAGGAUUCAAUCAAUCAUCUCAUCUGAAGAUACAUCAUCGAAUUCACACUGGGGAGAAGCCAUUCACAUGCUCUGAAUGUGGGAAGGGAUUCACUCGGUCAUCAGACUUUAAAGUACAUCAGCGAAUUCACACUGGGUUCUGAAUGUGGAAAUGGAUUCGCUCAGACAUCUCAAAUGAAUGAACAUCAGCGAGUUCACACUGGAGAGAAACUUCAACUGCUCAGGCUGUGGGAAGGAAUUCACUCAGUCAUCUCCACUGAGCGAAUAUCAGCGAGUUCACACUGUGUGGAAGCCGUUGAUCUGUUCUGACUGUGGGAAUUAUUGCACACAUUCAUCUCACCUACCGACAGACCAGACUGUUUUCAGCAGUGAGAGGACGUUGACCUGCUCAGACUGUGGGAAGGCAUUCACACACUUACCCACACUGCAGAGACAGUGGCGGGUUCACACUGUGGUGAGGGUGGUCACCUGCUCUGAAUGUGGGAUGGGUUUCAAUCAGUCAUUCAUCCUUGUGCUGCCCAACCGGGCUUUGACCCAUCAUUACUCGGAGAGAUCAGAAGCAUGAGAGGACGUAAUUCACUCAGGUUCGCCGAUAGAGUAUUAAAGGCAGUGGCUCAGGGCAGGUUAUUUUUGAGCAUUCAACAGUGGCCAAUCAACAGUCAGAAUGGACUAUCAAGAAAAACUUCCAAGUUAGGCAGGAGCAGGUGGAGCGGUCAUUGUUGGAGUGGACAGAGUUGGAGCGGUGACUUAGAGUCUUUAAUUCUUUGAGGUUUCAGUGAGGAGAGCAUACAGUCAGAGAUGGCAAAAUUAUGAUGGAGGUAGAAUUUUUUUUUUGCCCCCCCCUCCCUUCUUCACAUUUGCUCAGAACAGUAGAGAUGCCAGGCAAGAUAGUGGGGAACUCCUCCUGGGGGGAUGUGGGAAGGCAGGGGAACCUCCGGUGUCCCUGAUAACUACACCUGUGAGAAGGGCAUCCAGCUGCAGCUCCGAACAAUCCACAUUCAGGAGCUGGAACCGGAUGAACUCCAGAUCAUUCGGGAGGCUGAAGAAACAUCAGUCAAGUCAAAGUUGAGGUAAAUUUAUUAUCAAAGUACAUACAUCUCAUACACUACCGUGAGAUUCAUUUUCAUGCAGGCAUUUACAGAAAGCUUAAGAAACAGAACAGAACUUAUGAAAAACCUGGCAAAGGAAGGUCACAGCAGUAAGGCAAAAUCAUGAUGGAACUAGAAUAUUUAUCUUAACAUUUGCUCGGUUAGAACAGUAGAGAUGGCAGGCAGGAUAGUGGAAAGCUCCUCUUGCGAGAUGUGGGAAGGCAGGGGACCCUCCUGUGUCCCUGAUAACUACACCUGUGAGAAGGGCGUCCAGCUUCAGCUCCGAACGAUCCACAUUGAGGAGUGGGAGCUGGAACUGGAUGAACUCCAGAUCGUGUGGGAGGUUGAAGAUGUGAUAGGUAGGACAGAUAGAGAGGUAGUUCCAACCAAGGUGCGCUGCACAGGGAACUGGGUGACAGUCAGGAAGGGGAAAGGGAGAAACAGAGAGUGCAGUGUGCCCCUGUGUCCAGCUCUCUGAACAACAUAUAAAUCACUUUAGAUACUGUUGGGGACGGUGGGAUGACCAAGCAAAUGAAAGUCACAGCAAUAGGGUCUCUGGCACUUAGUUUGGCUCUGAGACUGAGAAGGGAAGGGUGGAGAAGAGGUGAGCUGUGGUCGUAGGUGAUUCAUGAGCUAAGGGAACUUACUGGAUGUUCUGUGGGUGAGAAUGAGAUUCCAGGAUGCUAUGUUGCCUCCUGCGUGCUAGCGUCUGCAACAUCUCUGGUCGGGUCCUCAGCAUUCCCAAGGAAGGUGAACAGUGAAGGUCGUAGUCCAUGUGGGUACCAAUGAUAUGGCAUGGUAGAGUAACGAGGUUCUGAAAGGGAGUUCAGGGAGUGAGGUGCUCAGUUAAAGGGCAGCUCGUCCAGGGCUGUGACCUCAGGACUGUGGUUUGUGCCACGUGCCAGGAAUAGGAAGAAUAUACAGUUUAGCAAGUGGCUAAGGAGUUGGUGCAGCAGUGAGUGCAUAAGAUUUUUGGAUCAUUUGUGCCUGCAAGGAUUGCUGUGUGUACAGGAGUGUGGGUGCGUUGGGGGAGAGGGACAUCAUUGAUGGAGGGUGAAAUGGGCAGACAGGUCUCUCUCUCACACACAAACACAUGCGGUGGAGUGUGAGGGUGGGAAUGAGAAAGGAAAAAGGUGAAUGAGGAGGAUCGAGUUAGGGCUCCUUCACAAAGUCCCAGACUCACCCAACCAUCUCCCUCUGGAAUUGGUCCCAGUCCCUACCCCAGGCUAGCCAGCUGGUGGCGUAGUGGCAUCAGCGCCGGACUUCGGAGCGAAGGCUCCCGAGUUCGAAUCCAGCCAGCUCCCGUGCACGCUUUCCAUCUGUGUUGGGUUGAGUGUCGUACUAGCAACUCGACCUCGUAAAAAAAGAAAUUCCCUGCUGCAGAAUCAUCAACAGCAGAAAGUUGAUGGCCUAUGCUCUCGCGUGAGUUGAAAGGCAAUUUCUCUUUCUCACUUUCCCCCUACCCCAGGCUGGGGGUGGGUAUUGAGUUACCUUGCCAACAUCUUUGUGAAUUGUUUGAUAGCAUCUGGUUAACACACUUUGAUAAUAAAUUUAUGUUCAACUUGUACCUUGAAAUGUAUUGUUUGUAAAACAUGUCUUCUUCAUGUGCCUUGCGCGUGACACGCUUGGGCGAUCAUGGCUUUCCACAUUAGACAAUCGAACACAGCGGCAAUGAUAUCUCGCACACUUAGUUCUUUCACAGUGUCCAUAUAUUUUCCUCUUUGCCUUCCUCUUCCACAUUUCCCAGGCAUGCGGCUUGUAAUAUAAGGCAUUCUAUUUGUCCCUUUCUGUUGACAUGGCCCAGGAAUUUAAGUUUCCUUUCAUUUGAUGUUCACAUUAAAGAUCUUUUUGUAUGGGCACGUUGGCGUACUGUCUCAUUAGUGACCCUAUCUCUAUAUGAUAUUUUCAGCAUUCUUCUAAGAAAUCACGUUUCUGUUGCUUCUAAGUUUCUUUGGAGUUGUGGUGUUAUAGUCCAUGUUUCGGAAGCGUACAGCAAGAUUGACCGGAUGUAACAUUUUCAUAGCCUUGUUGGCAUAGAAAUGUGUCUGUUGGUAAAAAUGUGUUUCAUUUUUUUGGAAAUUGGUUUUGGCAUUGGCAGUUCUUCUUUU